UGCCUUUUUAGUCCAAGAAAGGAAAAUACCAGAUAUUUUCUUUAAUCCUCUCUUACUGGUCUUCAGUCUGGCAAGAUGGAUAUGGAUUCCACAGCCUACCUGGAAACCCAAAUCCCGGUGUAUACCAAAUCCCAUACGCUCUAGAUUCAAAAUCCCUCUCUCACAAUAUAUUGCAGAAAGAAAAACGUUUCUUUCUUUCAUUUCUUUUCGGAAGGAAACCCUUUUUCUUUUUUCUUGUUUCACUGUCAUCCCAGUUUUCUUCUCCACUGUUCUCGAUUGGAAAACCUCAGAUUGCUUCAUCUUCUAAGUCAUUCAGACAACCUUAAUUAGGAGUUAGGACUCCCUUGUUUUUUAAGAGUUACAAAGCACUGUGAAUCAGAAGGGUUUUAUUUAUCUUAUUGGUUAGCUGGGUAUUAUGCACAGAUCCGGAGCAACGAUGGCUUGGAAUGUAUUCAAGUUUUGCACGGCUCUGAGGGCUCUGGGCUCCAUCAUGAUCCUUUUGGUUUUAGGGGUCGUGGGUGUCACAUACUACUCUGUCGUUUUUACUAAUUAUGGCCCAGCUUUAUACGAUGGUGGCUUUAAUUCCCUUACUGCUGCUGUUAUCUUGUUCUUCUUUCAUUGUUUCUUGAUAAUGCUGUUAUGGAGUUACUUUUCUGUUGUUUUGACUGACCCGGGUAGUGUGCCACCUAACUGGAGGCCGGCUAUGGACGAGGAGAGAGGGGAGGCUGACCCAUUGAAUGGUUCAGAGUUCAAUGGUUCGCAGCCAGACCCAUUAAAUCAAAGAAUUCGAUAUUGUCGGAAAUGCAACCAGCUGAAACCACCCCGCUGCCAUCAUUGUUCUGUUUGUGGGCGGUGUGUGCUAAAGAUGGACCAUCAUUGUGUGUGGGUAGUCAAUUGUGUUGGUGCACAAAAUUACAAGUAUUUUCUUCUUUUCUUGUUUUACACGUUCCUUGAGACUAGUCUUGUGACUAUGGCCUUGUUGCCACAUUUCAUAGCAUUUUUUAGUGAUGGAGAAAUUCCCGGAACCCCCGGCACCCUUGCUACCACUUUCCUUGCCUUUGUUUUGAAUUUGGCAUUUGCAUUGAGCGUCUUGGGGUUUUUGAUCAUGCACAUAUCUUUGGUUUCAGCUAAUACCACUACCAUUGAGGCAUAUGAGAAGAAAAGCACUCCAAAAUGGCGUUAUGACCUUGGUCGAAAGAAAAAUUUUGAACAGGUGUUUGGAACAGACAAGCUAUACUGGUUCAUUCCCGGUUAUUCAGAUGAGGAUUUACGACGGAUGCCAGCACUCCAGGGUCUUGAAUAUCCAUCAAAGCCUGAUUUUGAUUCCCAGGAAUUCUAAAAAGUAAAAACCAAACCACCACAGGUAGGAAAAUUUUCUUCUAACUAUCUAUGGAAACAGAAGCUUCAGGUGGCGCUCCCUUUGUGAGGUAUAUAUCACGCUCAGUGUUGGGUUUCGGCUUCUAACCAUUGAUUCCCACAGGCAUCUUCUUCACCUAGAAAUAAAGAGUAGAGGGAGGAAGAGAGAGAAUAUGAAGCAGGGAAAGCAAGCAGCAUAUGAUUAAAAUGGUGGAGGGAGAGCAGUAGGCUUUGUUUAUGAAAUGUUAACAUUAGACGACGUUGUAUUGUAGAUUUGUUGUACGUACUGAUUGGAAAUAUAGAGAUUGCUUUUGGUGGAUGAUAAUCAUCCAUUUUCUAUUCAA